AAUUUCUCUAUUCUGUAUUUCUUUCUCUUUGUGCUUAGGGUUUUGAUAAACCUCGCGAAGUGAGAAGAAGGAAACGAUGAAGAUAGCAGUGGAGGGUUGUAUGCAUGGCGAUCUAGACAAGGUAUACAAAACCCUCCAACACAUGGAGAAAACCCAGAACACCAAAAUCGACCUCCUCCUCUGUUGCGGCGAUUUUCAAGCCGUGAGGAACGAGAAUGAUUUGAAGUCCCUCAACGUGCUUCCCAAAUACCGCGAAAUGAAAUCCUUCUGGAAGUACUACUCUGGGUUAGAGGUUGCACCUUAUCCCACCAUCUUCAUCGGUGGUAACCACGAAGCUUCCAAUUACCUCUGGGAACUGUAUUAUGGAGGAUGGGUUGCGCCUAAUAUCUACUACUUGGGCGCUGCUGGGGUGGUUAGGUUUGGGAAUAUCCGAAUCGGUGGAUUGUCUGGAAUUUUCAAUGGUCGUCACUAUAAUUUAGGACACUUUGAGAGGCCUCCAUAUGAUCAGAGCACCAUCAGGUCUGUGUAUCAUGUUCGUGAAUAUGACGUUCAAAAACUUAACCAAGUUCAGGAACCCAUUGACAUUUUUCUCUCACAUGAUUGGCCGGUGAGAAUCACUGAUUAUGGGGAUUGGGAGGAGCUUGUUCGGAAGAAGAGUUAUUUUAAGCAGGAGAUAGAAGAAAAAAGACUUGGGAGCAAACCUGCUGCCCUACUUCUAGAAAGAUUGAAACCGCAUUAUUGGUUUUCAGCUCACUUACACUGCAAGUUUUCCGCUCUUGUUCAACACGGGGAAGGAGGUCCACUGACAAAAUUCCUAGCACUUGAUAAAUGUAUUCCAGGGCGUGAUUUCUUACAGAUCGUGGAAAUUGAAUCGGAGCCAGGGCCUUAUGAGAUUCAGUAUGAUGAAGAAUGGUUAGCGAUAACACGGAGGUUCAACUCUAUUUUUCCUCUGACCACCAAAGGUGCAGAUUUUAGAGCUGUAAAUCUUGAGAUGGAAGAUUGUCGUGAAUGGGUUAGAAGCAGGCUACGAGAGAGGGGGUGCAAACCUUUUGAAUUCGUUAAAACAGCUCCAUGCUAUGAUGAUCCUUCUCAAUCCAGUUCUGAUGGUGCUUUUACCGCGAGUCCUCGGAAUCCUCAGACAGAAUCUCUUCUGCAGCUUCUAGAGCUUCCUUAUCUUCUUGAUAGGAAUCCUGAAGAAAAGAACUUGUCACCUUAUCCUUCUCCUUCAAUUCAAAGAGGUCCCGUUGCUUAUGAUAACAAGGACAUUCCCAUUGAUGAUGUGGAUGAUGAUGAUGAAGAUCACUGUGUUGUGUUGAGCCACAAAAGGAUUACAGCCUUGGUUUCAAUGGAGACAAGAUCAUUGAUCCUUUCCUUACUAGUCUCUUCUCUUCUUAUCCUUUCUUUUGCUGUCUCUUUUGCAGCUAGUAGCCUCUCUUUCAACUUCUAUGCAGCUUCAUGCCCAACAGCAGAGUUUAUCAUAAGAAAUGCAGUUAGCUCUUCCUCCUCUACUGAUCCUUCCAUUCCUGGGAAGCUCCUCCGCUUGGUUUUCCAUGAUUGCUUUGUGGAGGGAUGUGAUGCGUCUUUGAUGCUGCAAGGGAAUAACACAGAACAAAGUGAUCCAGGAAACAGAACUGUUGGAGGAUUUUCAGCGAUAGAAUUAGCAAAAAGAGUCCUUGAGAUGUUCUGUCCAGGAGUUGUUUCUUGUGCAGACAUAAUUGCUCUAGCUGCUAGAGAUGCAGUUGAAAUUGCUGGCGGACCAAGGAUUCAGAUUCCAACAGGUAGGAGAGAUGGGAUGGUUUCAGUGGCUUCAAAUGUGAGACCAAACAUUGUUGACACCAGUUUCACAAUGGAUGAGAUGAUGAAGCUCUUUUCCAACAAAGGAUUAUCUUUACUUGAUCUUGUAGUCCUUUCAGGAGCUCAUACCAUAGGAACGGCUCAUUGCAACACAUUCAGAGAUCGUUUCCAAGAAGACUCAAAGGGAAAGCUUAGACCCAUUGACCAAACCCUUGAUAGUAGCUAUGCUAAUCAGCUCAUGAAACAGUGUCCUGUAGGUGCACAACCUUCUGCAACUGUGAACAACGAUCCUGAAACAUCUAUGGCCUUUGACAACCAGUACUACAGAAAUCUUCUAGCUCACAAAGGUCUUUUCCAGUCUGAUUCUGUUCUGUUGAAUAAUAAUAGCACAAGGAAAAUAGUGGAAGAUUUUGCAAAUGAUCAAGACCUUUUCUUUGAAAAUUGGGGCUUGUCAUUCCUGAAGCUCACCAGUGUUGGAGUAAAGACAGAUAAUGAGGGUGAAAUAAGACGAUCUUGUGGAACAACUAAUGCAUGAGAAAGGAAAUGGUGUAGCAACCAAGGUUCUCCAAGCACUAUGUAAAACAUAUCCUAAAUCAGCUUAUCAUGAUGUAAUUUUUUGUGUCUUGUUCUAAUUCUACGGUUCUACCUCUUCCUCAAUUCUUUACUGUCCUCUAAUCUAUUUUUGGUCUAGCUUGACUAAUAUUGUAUUGACAUUUUAUGACAU